AUGAAUGCACAAGACAACCAAGAUGAUGAUAAAGAAGAUGACUAUGAUAUCUUUAAAGACAAUGUUAACCCACCAUCAUACACAACAUCGACAACUACGACAUCACAGCAGAUAAAUGAUGAUGAUGAAAUAAUCAAUAUCAAUCUAAUCACAGACUAUUUCUCAUCAUUAUCAUCUCCAACAUCUACAUUGACAGGUACUACUAUUAUUACUAGCAUAGCAUCAUCAAACAUUAAUAAUAAUAAUAAUAAUAAUAAUAAUAAUCAUCAUUCUGCACUAUCAUCUAUAUGGAAAAGAUUCAAACAAAAAAAGUAUAAUAAUAAUAAUAAUAACAAUGUACAAAGGUUAAAGAUCAACAGAAUUGACCACCCAGGUGGUCUUCAAACAAUCGUUAAAUCAAUCACCAAAGAAGAAGAAGAAAUAACAAAUAACCAGCAACAACAAUAUGAUGAUGAUGAUGAUCUUUCACACAUUGAAUGCCUACCAGAUGAAAUAUUGUUAAAGAUUCAUAGUUAUCUAGAUCCACCUACUUUGGGAAGAACAUCUCAAGUUUCUACUAGAUUCUACAAGAUUUCCUAUGACAUCCCACUAUGGAAAGAGGUGGUUACCAAUUGGGAAGCAUCACCAUUGAAUCUAUUCCUAAAUAACAACAACAACAACAACAACAAUGGUAGUUUGGAAGCAUACUAUACUCCACAUCCUCCUACGCCAUUUAACCUAUCAAGCUCCCUUCCUCCUUCUCCUAUAAUCAAUCUCUCUCCUCCUUCUCUUUUAAUGACCAACGGUGGUGGUGCCAAUUUAAUUCCAUCCCCCAUUAUGAAUCACCAUAAUAAUAAUAAUAAUAAUAAUAUGAAUAAUAGUUACCACCAUAAUCACCAAAAUAACACUGGAAAUGGAAUAUCACUUCAAAACAAUACUCCGCAGCAUGAAAUUGAGGAGGAUAAUCAUCAAGAUCAAGAUUUUAUCAACAACAAUGACUAUGAACUACUGGGACUAUUCAAUUAUUUAUUUAAUGGAGGAUAUCAAAAUAAUAAUAAUAAUAAUAAUAAUAAUAAUAAUAAUAAUAAUAAUAAUAAUAAUAAUAAUAAUAAUAAUAAUAAUAAUAAUAAUAGUAGCGGUAGUCAUCAUGAACAACCAUUGCUAAAUAAUAAUCAACCCCAAUUAUUUUCUUCAUCUAUGGCAUCAAGCUCAUCGAUAUCACUAUCAUCUUCAAUAUCCUCAUCAUUUGGUGGCAGUAGUAAUCACUAUCCUCCAAAUUCAAAUUCGCCAACAUUUGAUUUAUCCCAAAAUGCAAUUGUCACUGGCACUACCGCUGGAAAUAGCGACAAUCAUUACUAUACAGAUUAUCAUACAUCUAUUAUACCAUUACAACAACAACAACAUCAUCAUCAUCAUCCAUCAUAUCCAACUCUUACACCAUCAAAUUCCAACAACUACUACAAACAAUAUAACCAAUCAGUAGUUAAUAAUAAUCAAAAUAAUCAAAAUAAUCAAAAUAAUAAUAAUUCAUUACAACAACAAUUCAACAGGAUGUAUUAUGUACAAAGAUAUAUACAAGUAAGAAAACAACAAAGAGAAACCAAGAUACGAUCACACAGAGAGAAAUUGAGAAGAAGAAGAAAGAUUAAAAGAAGUUUUAGAUUUAUGAUGUAUACCUUUCUCUCAAGACCAUAUGAAUGGGUUUCAAUGCUCUGCAUCAUACUAUUUACAGUAUUUCUUACCUUUCGUCUUGCCAAUUCCAUUCAAUGGUCAUGGCCAACUGUUUUCUCACCUCUCUAUUUUAUCCUAUUUCAUUGUCUCUUUGGUUCCUUGACAUUUGACCUAUUUAGAAGUUUGUACAAAUACGACUAUGAUGAUGAAAUAUCAUCACCAAGAUUUUCAAAACCAUUAUUCUUUACAUUCUUUUUCAUUCGUCCAUUGCAAUCGGGUAAAUGGAGUGGAAGGCUAUGGGUUUAUACACCGAUACUUUGUUCCAUCACCUUUGUUUGUUUAUUACUAUUAAAAUUGACUCAACCUCAACUAUUAUCAUCACUUUCAAUUUAUAAUAUUCAUCAUCAACAACAACAUCAUCAUAAUAAUAGUAAUAAUAUUAAUUUUAAUAAUAAUCAAAAUAAUAGUAGUAAUGGUAAUGAUAAUAGUAAUAGUAGUAGUGAAAUAUUUACAAAUGGAUGGGAUAUAGUAUUUAUACCAUUAUUUAUACUAUGUAUCUAUUUAAUAUCAUUUCCAUUAUUUGUUCCAAUAAGGAUAGACAAGUCAUCUGGUUCAGUAAUGGAUCAAUCAGUGCUACUAGUAGCCAAUGUCCAAGUAAUGGCAUUUACAGUAUUGGUCUAUCUCAAACUUGAUUCCAUUAUUGAUACUUCUUGGUCCUACAUCUUUUCACCUUUAUUCAGUGCACAGAUACUUAUUACUCUCUAUCCUUUGGUCAUUCUAAUAAUGAAAUUAAUCAUUAACAAUAAUCGUAAUCGCAAUCAUAAUAAUAAUAAUAAUAAUAAUAAUAACAAUAAUAAUAACAAUAAUAAUGGUGGUUCCAUUGUCUAUCAUCAUCAUCAUCAUCAACAUCAACAACCACCAAUCAUCUCUACAAUGACAGAACAAAAUCAACCACUAUUAUCAAUCCAACAACAACAACAACAUAAUAAUAAUAACCAAAUUACAACAACAACAAGGAGAAGAUUCCAACUUGAAAAUAUUACUUCGCUCUCUGAAAAUUGUAUUGCUAUGUCUUGUCUUGACGUCUGCCACCAGCAGUUACCCUCUUUCUCUAAUCUAAUGAAUACCUAUAGACACAGUACCAAUUCAGUUUAUACACUGAAUCCACACUUAAACAUACCCAUCUCGUCGUCAACAACAAUACCAUCAUCUGCCUAUCACUUUAAUCCAUUAAAUAAUAAUAAUAAUAAUAAUAAUAACUGCAACAACAACGAAGAUUGCAACAAUAACGACACGAUGUUAAAUAAUAGAACAACAGAGAAUGAGGAUGUAGUCAUGGGACAAAAGCAAGAUUCUCCACCUUCAUUAAAAUCAUCUCAACUAGUAUCUCCACCACCAACCGUUGGUGGAAAUGGGCUUUUGAGAAGCUCACAAUCCAUCCCACCUCCUCCUCCCACUUCUCUCAACGUCGAGUCUACCGUUCCAACCAUAUCCACACCCUCCUCUGCAUCUAUUACUGGCAUCCCAAAUGACGGAGAAAUUUCACCCACUGGUGCAUUGGGUGCAGCCAUGCAAUAUCUAUCGCCAUCAUCAUCAUUUAACGAAUCAUUGAAUCAAGCAAUCUCUUCAACAUCAUCCUCUUCAUUCUCGGCGUAUAGACCAACACUUUUACAAUUCAAUAAUCCAACAUUAACAUUUAGAUCAAUAUCACCACCAACCAACAACAGUGGUGCCAACAAUCCAUUCCUUAAAUUGAGCAGUCUUCCAGAUUCUAGUCCACCACUAUCGACAAAUAGUCCUUUUUCUUUUUCUUCAUCUGCACUAUUUAAUAAUAAUAAUAAUAAUACUACCAAUCAAAAUAACCAACAACAACAUCACCAUCAACAACAACAACAACAACAACCACCACCACAACAACCAGUUCAACAACAAAACCUUUAUUGUUCAAAUAAUCAAACUACGUCUAUCGGAAACUAUGCUGCAUCACUAUUGGAUGAAGAUAGAGAAAGAAUGAGAUACGAGUAUGAGAGCAUCAAGAAACCAGAAUCUCAAUCUUCCCGAAAGUCACACAAACACCAUCAACGUCACUACAGUUACAAUGACCUCGACAAUAGAAAGCAUGAUGAAGAAAAGUUUUUCAGCUCGUUGCAGCCAAACAACUACUCAAAGAACAGAUACCACGAUGUACUACCAAAUGAAUCCACAAGAGUAAGAUUAACACCAAUUGAAACUGGUGAUGGCGACUAUAUCAAUGCCAACUAUGUCAAUGGAGAGGUACCAAAUUCUUAUAGAUAUUUUAUCGCGUGUCAAGCUCCUCUUUCUUCUACAAUUAAAGAUUUUUGGAGAAUGGUUUGGGAAGAGAGAACAGCAGUUAUUGUUUGUUUAACAAAAUUGGAAGAAGAUGGUAAAAAGAAAGCAGAUAUUUAUUGGCCCGAGUCAUCAAGUGAAGACCAAGAAUGUGGAUCGUUUUGGGUGCAUCUACAUAAAAAGGUGAUGUUUAAGGAUAUUGGUGUUAGUUCAUUGCAUUUGUACAGAAAGGGAGAGGAAUUCCCACGAGAAGUAGUGUUGUUGCACUACACGCAAUGGCCCGACAGCGGAACACCAAACACCUCUACCCACAUUCGAACGUUGGCCGUCUUGGUCAACACAUUCAAGGCAAGAGGUAACAUUAAAAACUCUAAUGGUCCUGUCAUUGUUCAUUGCUCUGCGGGUAUUGGUAGAUCAGGAACCUUUAUAUCCAUCUGUAUCAAUAUUGCCAAAAUUGAAAGAUCCAUCCAAAAUAAUGAGCCAAGCUGUGCCAUAUCGAUCAAGGACACUGUCAGCGAACUACGUCGUCAACGUCGUGGAAUGGUACAAACAUUUGACCAAUAUGUAUUCAUCUACAAGGUUAUUAAUGACGUCCUUCACGAUAUGGGACGAUCGUUGGCAUCACCCACCAAGCGAAGAUCAUGUGAAAUGACAAUGGCCCGACCUUCAAUGGUUCAGCACGCCAUGCCUCGUCUCGAUAUAAACAGUCAUCAACAAUCAUCGCUCACACGUAACCCUAAAGAUAUGCAUCACCAAUCCAAUGUCUCACAAACAGCUGCCGAUACUGCAGUGUCUCUAUCCAUCAUCACUCAGAUGACUCAAACUCUAAAAUUCCCACAAACAACUUCACAAUUUGAUUCGAAUCCUUUUUCAAAAUCCAACAUUAAAAUGCCCUCCCCAUUGAACGUUUCUUCUUCCAAUGUCCAAACUAUUCAUCCUUGUAAUAAUAAUAAUUUUCAUCACUUUCAACAACAACAACAACAACAACAACAACAACAACAACAACAACACCAUCAUAACCAAUUACUAGUCAAUUCGACCAAUCCCUUAUCAAACUCACAACAAUUAUUAAAUGAUAGUUUAAAUCAAAAUAAUAUUACUAAUAUUUCAAAUAACAAUAAUAAUAAUAAUAGUAAUAAUAACAAUACUAGCACACUUUCAUCUCACCAUUUAUUUAAUCAACAACAACUACUCAAUAAUCCACAAAGCAGUAAUAAUAAUAAUAAGCAAUGUUCAAAUCAAAAUAAUUUUACACAUUCUUUUCCACCAAACAGGAAUAAUGACCCAGAUUUUGGAGGAGGAGGAAAUGGUAAUAAUUUUAAUAACAAUAAUAAUAACAAUAAUAAUAAUAAUAGUAAUAAUAAUAAUAAUAAUAAUAAUACAAACCAACAACAAAAUAAUAAGACAGAUAGAUAG